GAACGUACGAGCAGCGGUGCAUUAUGGGUUACAAAAUGUCUCCUAAGAGUGCUGGCUAAUGCUAAUUUACGAAAGGUUCUGGCAACUAAAUGUAUAUUUCUACCCUUUUUUACAGCGGUUAUAGUGGCAGUACAUAUAUCCCUGAUAUAGUAACUGUAUUCUGCUGCCGCCAUGUCAACGAGAACGGAGUCCAGGGUGUCCAGCUCGAGCUCCAGAACAGAUGAACGGAGGAGAUCAAGGAGCACAGGUCGGGAAAAAACGAAGCGUAAACGCAGCCGCAGUAGGUCGUCCUCCUCGUCUUCUUCCAGUUCAUCAUCCUCAUCUUCAUCCUCAUCAUCCUCUUCUUCAUCGGGUUCAUCACACUCAUCCAGCAACAGUCGGAGUAGCUCGAGCAGCAGCGACUCCCGUAGUAAAUCCAGAAAGCAGACUAAGAAAAGGAAAAAGGAGAAAAAACCCAAAAAACAGAAAGCAAAGAAAGAAAAGCGACACAAACGUAAAAAAGACAAGAAAACGACAAAAGAAGAAGAAAUCGCGGGACCUGUUCAAAUAUCCAAGUACUUGAAAGACAAGAAAAAGGGCAAGUACAGCAUGAUUUCAGGGAAGAAGAUCAAGAUGAAAGUAAAGAAGACAAAGAAAGACAAACAGCAAGAUAAAAAUCGAGCAGAACUUCUGGACUUCUUGAACUCGACCGUGUGAUGGCGCUAUGGACAGUAGUCGUGGUGCUCGGGCUCGGAAACCUCUGCAGAACUCAGGAAACGACAAUUUGGAGAACAACAAUGAAGAGUUCUCUGAGAAAGAAACAAUGAGUACGACUUGCAGCAGCGAGCCUGACAGGGCGAAUGUGAAGACCCCUAGCUUCCUUUUUCACAGGGCACUUCCCAGGUGGCCAAUCCUUCAGCUUAGUCUGAUAGCUUUUUGUGAUAUGAAAAGUGUUUAUGUUUAGCAGUGUCAUCCAAAAUGGUGUCUGUAACCAAGCUUUGGUCGUUUGGUCACCUCCGAUUUAGCAUUACCUUCCGAAAACAUGGUCGCUCUCGUAAUGGACCAGAGAUAUUGUCUUUUUUAUUUCUCGCAUUUCUCUUCCUUGUCUAAAUAGACACCUACAUUACCCACAAUGCAACUCUCCUGCCGACAGUUUGGCUGGAAAUUGGGGAAUGCUAUGCUAGUGAUGAGGAGUAGGCUACACAGGUCUGGUAAGCUCACUUUUCAACUCCGCACCCCAGAUUAUAAACGUUUCAACUUCCCCUUUUAAAAUGUUUGUUUUAACUUCCUGACUCUGUCAAUCACUUAUGUCCACAUUACCACAUGUAGGAUUGCCCAUACAUUUAUUAAUUUCUGUAGAUAUUAAAACCGUUAUGUUUCCAAAUAAAUGUUGGCUGUGUGAGCAAAAGUGUUAUCAGUGUUCACUGAUAUUUAAUAUGUACAUUUUGUUUAAAAAUGAUUGGAGAAUUGAUUCUGUGAUUUGAUGGUAACUGUUUUAGUAUUACUGUCUUCCUCAUUUCCCCCAUAUUCUGUCAUGAAUAUUUUUCAACAUCAGACAUUUAUUAAAUUGAAAUAUAAAAUACUACGACCCCUCGAGUCCACCUGUAUCAAUACAGGUGGAAGCUUUGAUUGGAAGAUGGAGUAAACCUAUUGUGUACUGUUGAAUUUUGAUGCGUGACAAACAGAAAAGAAACGGCAAUAAACGGCUGGAAAGAU